ACCGCCGGCACUGCUGCCCUUCUUCACCAACGUCUUCGCCAGGACAUCAAGGAGAUCGUUUCCAAGCCAUACCCUGGCAUCGAUCUGCGCAUUCAAGACUCCAGCGCUCUCACCACCGCGUGUUUGAUCUUGACGCCAGAGGGCGAGGAUGCACUCCAUCUGACCAUCGAGUUCGGUUCUGACUAUCCACUGAAGCCGCCGAAUGUCACAAUCCAGAGCCGGACGCUUCAUCCAAAUGUCUUCCAAGACUACAUCUGCAUCAACAUUCUCAAGACUGACGUCGACGGCUUGUACACACCGGCGUACACGCUCAAGGGCAUCUGCAUUCAGCUGCUAUCUUUCUUCGCCAGCGAUACGAUCGAGCAGAUAGACUACGGUGGUCCCCAAGAUCUUGUUGUCGAUCGGAGACAAUGGCAGGAUGAGGAGGCGAAAUACCGCUCACCGAAAUCAUGCGACUAUCACUGCAUGGAGUGCGGAUUCGGCACCGAGCGCGCUUUGCAGACGGGCAAGAUCGACGCGACCGACGAUGCUCCUGCUCUCCAGUCGUCGAACAACCAAACUCAAUGGAGAAAGCUGAAAGAUCUGCCAAACGACCUGCUUCUCGACAUCUGCGACUUUCUCGAUGAAGAGGAUCUGUUCAUCGCCGCUCGGGCUUGGAAUGGAUUCAGCAAUCUCAUCCGCGACUAUGACAUUAUCCGGAAUCGCGAGCUUCACUGCUUCACCUUGAGGGGCGGGCUUCAUCACCUCGACCUCGGCGUGGGAGUUCACGUCAAGUACAAGGCAAUCCAGUCGGAAUUUGAUUUGCUCUCUCGUCAGGCCUUCGAUGAGUGCCGUGUACGCACGUCGGUACAAGGGCUUCCCUUCGAACACUGGCUGCCUCUUCCGCUCUCGGCGAAGCACUGGCACAAGGUCAAAGGUCAAGUGACGAAGUCAUUGACAGACAUCUCACGCCAAUCAGGAGGCCAGAUCAAUCCCGACAAUGUCCUCUACUCCUUUAUGAAUGAAGUGGUCGUCCGACUAUCAGGCGAAGCUCAGAAGUAUGACGGAGAAGAGGAGAGGGAUCGGAUGAACGGCAUCGUCAGACCAAAGAGCAGCCUCAAGCACGCCUCGGAAAAGGCGAUGGAGAGCUACUUCCAUCUCUUCCACCUGCUUCUCUGCGUCUCGAUCGAACGUCCAAAUGUUGCCAGGGACGCCCAGUCCAUGGUCGAAAAUUUCAUCGCCUACCGCAGAACCAAAGCCGACUGUCCCAACCUCGGCUACCUCCUUAUUGCAAUUCUCAUCAGCGACAUCGAGGUCACCGAGGACUUCUCCAAAGCCAUCAUCCGCGAGGCCGUCACCCGCAACGUUGUGUGGAUGCUCGAUGGCAGAGGAAGCAACCUUCCCGACUUGAGCUUCAUGGAGACUUCGGACAUCAGCGAGUACCGCCUCCAGAAGACGUUCGAAGCGGGACUCACCAGCUACCGUCUCCUCAUGUUCUUAAACCUCAUGCGCAAAGUGGUGCGCAGCGUGAGAACGACAAAAGAUCCCAACACAGGCGGAUCGAAAACAAUGUCGUUGAUCGAGCUCCGCGAUCAUCUUUUCGCUUCUCGCGGUGCGCCUCCGUACGGUACC